AUGGCCACCAUGCCUGAUCCAGACGCGGGCUCCACAUGCUCGGAGCAAGCCCUGGGGGAUACCUCAGACUCACAGUCACACCUGGGGGCACAGAUGGACCCCGAUGCACUGACACCGGCUACCAAGUUGGAUAUUAGGAACCUCUUGUUAGAACUGAAACAGAUAUUUGCUGCAGACAUGGGACAGAGGUCCAAGCAGUGA